AUGUUUUCGUUAAUUCAAAGGUUUCAAUCAGUUUCAAAUGUUGCAAUGACGUGGUCCGUUUUUGGGGCCUGCUUUAUUAUGCUCUCAUCUUGGUUUCACCUAUAUCAUGACAACGUAUUUGAUCUAGAUUCUUCAAUUGGCAACAUAAAACCCUCAGUGAAUGUUAGGAAUAGUAGGUACUUUGGUUCUGUUAGUGGGAAACCAAAGGAGAAUCUCAAGUUGAAUUUUGAUCUGAAUGCAGAUCUUUCUCCUCUAUUUAAUUGGAAUACAAAACAGGUGUUUGUCUACUUAACUGCUGAAUACCCCGGUACAAAAAGCCCUAAUGCGAGUAAUGAGGUGACAUUCUGGGAUUUCAUAAUCAAAGAUAAAGAGCAUGCUCAACUCAAUUUUUCUAAUUUGAAGUCCAAAUAUUCGGGCUGGGACGUUGAAGAGCGCAUGUCUGGAAGAGAUUUAGUUUUCAAGUUACAUUGGAAUAUCCAACCAUGGAUUGGCCCUCUAAUUUAUGGUGAUACGCAUGGAGAAGUAAGUGUUAAUAUACCUAACCAAAAAGAGAAAAUAAAAAGAACCAGACUGAGCAGAAACUGA